UCUGCCUUUUUUAGCCAUUAGAAAUUUAAAGGCAUAUGUGAUUUAACUUCACUGUAGGAGUUCCAGAAAAGAGCGGUGUUUGCCAAUAUUCCGUGAAGUCUGUGACAGAUGCAGAUUUUUAACAGAUUUCAACACUUCAAGAUGUAAUGAAAUUGAAUUAUCUUCCAGUGAUUUGCAAGUUACGAUAAGGAGAUUGUGACUUCUAUGUGUAUAUAGCCAAACUUCUAGUUUCUGUAAAGGAGCCUGUCCACUUAACAGUUGGUCUUCUGAAAAAAUUGUACAGCAAAGAUGUCUGACAAAUAUAAAACAACACGGACCAAAGAGCUGGAAUUUGGUGGAACACUAGGUGCUGUAAUUCUCCCAUUCCUUUUGCCCAGUACAGUAUUUUAUCUGAUUAUAUCAUGUGGUACGAAGGAGGCAAGUGUUUUCAACUUUCCACCACCACUUCCUGAGCUGGGUGAACUUUGGAACCCUAUAACUUUUUUACUAUUCUUGUGCUGGAUUGGGCUGCAAGCUGCGUUUUAUGUGUGUCCUGUAGGAAAGGUAGUAUCUCUGGCUGGAGAUGACCUAAUGAGAAGGAUAUAUUACAAUUCAGACACUAAGAUUGCAGAAGGCCAGAUAUUGAGAGAUGGUUCUAAACUGAAGUAUCGUAUUAAUGCAUUCCAUGCUUUCGUGAUGACUUCGGUUGUAGUUGGCAUAGGCUUGGCAAGCGGGUUGCAUCUGAGUUACAUUUAUGAUCAUUUCCUGCAGUUUGCCGUUUCUGCUUCAGUUGUGUCCUUCGUCCUCAGUAUCUUCCUCUACAUAAAGUCUCUAUGUGUGAAGGAGUCAUUGCUUGCACCUGGUGGGAACUCAGGGAACCCCAUUUAUGACUUUUUUAUUGGACAUGAGCUCAACCCUCGAAUCGGAAGCUUUGAUCUUAAGUACUUCUGUGAACUUCGACCUGGACUUAUUGGCUGGGUGCUUAUUAACCUUGCAAUGUUAUCAAAAGAGUCAGAACUUAGAGGAAGCGUUUCAACAGCCAUGAUCCUUGUAAAUAUAUUCCAGUUUGUGUAUGUGAUUGAUGCACUUUGGAAUGAGGAAGCUAUCUUGACCACAAUGGACAUUGUUCAUGAUGGCUUUGGAUUAAUGUUAGCUUUUGGAGACCUGACUUGGGUCCCUUUCACCUACAGCCUGCAGUCUUACUUUUUAGUGAAUCACCCAGUUGAGCUGAAUGCAUUUGCUGCUGUCAUCAUCACCAUAUUAAACUUGUUGGGCUAUUUCAUUUUUCGCAGAGCUAAUUCACAGAAAAAUACUUUUCGAAGAAAUCCUAAAGAUCCUGCUGUGGCAGACUUGCAGACUAUAGCUACAGCAACAGGAAAGCGUUUGCUUGUGUCAGGUUGGUGGGGUUUUGUCCGACAUCCCAACUACUUGGGAGACCUAAUCAUGGCACUGGCCUGGUCACUGCCUUGUGGUUUUACUCACAUUCUGCCCUACUUCUAUGUGAUUUACUUCACUGUCCUACUGAUACACCGAGAAGCACGGGAUGAGCACCAGUGUCGGAAGAAGUAUGGCCUGGCCUGGGAGGAAUACUGUAAACGAGUCCCUUACAGAAUCUUUCCUUACAUGUACUAAGUAAGCUUACGCCUUACCUCCGUCAUUGUGGAAGACACAUGCCAGAGAAGUACCCGUUUACCACUACAGAUUGCAAAGAUAAACCAGUCUAUGUGAUGUUUAAGAGAUCUUUUAUAUGCAGAAGUUUUGUAUUGGAUUAAGAAAAGCACUUUUUUAAAAGUAUGGACCCUCAUGAAGUUAUACUAAUUAACCUGUGCUCUUCGGUAGCCAAAGAGCUGAGGGAUUUUAUUAUUGUUAUUAUUCUGACUAAUUUGUAUGGCAUAAGGGUAAGAAGGUUCUUUCCUACCAUAACCUGUUUAUUAUUUUCCAGACAUUAAGCUGAAAUGUGAAGUCAAGUCUCUCCUGAAUUCACCAUCAAUAUCAGCUAAACACAAUAUUCUCCAAAUACUGUGAAUUAUUUGUAAAAAUAGGUUUAGAUUUAGUUAGACGUUCCACUUUUUUGUCAUCCAAAAGCAUUUCCUUAAAUGCUAACACAUACAUGGUUGGAAUUUAUUGUGUAAAAAUAUGAAGGGCCAAAGAUAGACCACCUAAGAUACUGAUCUGAAGUUGUUGUCUUCAUUUGCUCUUCAACCUGUGGGUACAAGGAUCUGGCAUGGAUCUGACUCAACUGCAUUUCCAGCAUCUGAUCCGAGCUCCAAGCUCCUCCCUGCCCACAAUGCCUCUGUCUCUCUCCACCCUUUAGAUCUCAUUUGCCGCUCUAGCAUUAGCAUCGUGAUCUGCUGUUCUGAGCUUCUUUUUGGGUAAGUGACUGAGGGAUUUUUUGUGAUUCUCUACUUUCUUCUUACUUAAAUUUCUAUUUCUAUCUUUUCUACCUUCCCUACCCUUGUGCUGUUUGCGUCGGUACAAAAAAAAAAAAAAAACUUUUUCUGUCUUUUAUCUGGAGCGUGUGUGUUCUGGUUGGGCCUUUCUGCAGGGAUUAUGCCUGAGAACCCUAAACUAGGUUUUCAUAAGUGCACAGAAUGUGGCCAUAAGCUAUGCCCAGCUGAUGGCCACAUUCUAUGUGUGGUAUGCUUAGGGGUUUCCCAUGUAGAGUCCUCCUGUUCCUUCUGUGUGGGCUUCAGUCCUCCUGCAUUGAUGGAUAGGAGAAAGAAGCUAAUCUUAAAAGGCCUUCUUCCCCCUGCUACCACUGGGGUCCAGGCCUCCUCAACCCUGACUUCUGCUACUUCUGUCUCCGCCCUCAGUCUCUGAGACUCAACCUCCUGCCAAGAGGCCCGGGGACAAACAUAAACACAGGGACAAGCUGAGGUAGCGGUCCCCUGAUCGCUCAUCCUCUGCUGGUCCACGGGCCAAGUACUGCUCAGCCCGCAGCCAGAGUCUCCCUGGCUCUGUUCCCCUCGCUUCUCUCCAGAGCUGGAGGAGCUUCUUAUCUGUUCACCGGCCCCAGCUUCACCUCACCGACUGUCCAGGCCGGUAUCGGUGACCUCUUCAUCCUGAUCCACCCACAGCCUUUCCGAAGUGGAGGUGGACAGGAUGAUGUGGAAAUUUAUCUACACUCAGAUACAGAUGGGAGUUUUGCCUGCCCUCUCUCCCUCUGGAACGGAGGGCAGGCAGUCCACAUUCCUACCAAUUACUCCUUCUCCGAUCUGACCCCUGGUUUUGGAGCCUUCGGAUCUGAGGACUGUCGGCGUUGAGGGGUUGGCGCCGAUGCUACUUUGUUACUCGACACCAGCCAUUACCUUGAGUAGGUCGGAUCUGAUGAGUUUGGAUCUGUCCAGCUCUUGGAGACAUAGUCUCAGCACUGGAUCCGAGGGGAUGGUGUUGGCUCUGAGUUUUUCGGAGAGAGCCUUCCAAUCAGAGUCUGGGCACCUUGGAGGUUCGGCUCUGACUCCCCCAUUGAUCCAGAGGGUGGCAGAUCUGUCUCUAGUCCCUUCUCAGAUGGUUCGCUUUCCUUCUGCCUUCUACAUGAUGGAGAGAGCUCGCUCGAUACCUUUGAGACCCUUGACAAUCUUGUCUUCGGAGUCCACCCUGGCUCCCUCUAAUUUUGGUAUGGAUUCUGCCAUCCUGCUACCUCAGGGACAGCCUGCCACCUUUUCAUCACAGGGAGCUCCUACACACAAGCAUCCAGAUGUUUUUGAGUCCUCCCCUGAAGAGGUGCAUCAAAAACAUAUGUGCAAAAGGAGCCACAUUGACUCCCCACCAGAGUCCCUUACUGAGGACACCAAUUUGUAGGGUCCCCCCCAUUACCCCCCCGAGGAUGUCUCCUUCAGAAAUAUCAUGGAGAUCCUUCAUCAGCGAGGGGGGUGGUCUGCCCAGUAACUCAACUCGGACAAAUUGGUGUUACUGGAGGUCUUUGGCAUAGGACCCUCUACAUCCUGGGUGCCCCCUCCCAUGGAUCCACUGGUGGAUCUAAUUACAUCUCAGGCAUGGAAGGAAAUGGACAUGGUGAAGCCAAUACCCAUACACCCUGACAAGGUAUUGAGUGCUCCCUCAGAUAGGACUCACUGGACCAAAGAAUCCCCUAUAGAUGCCAUGGUAGUGGCAGUGGCCACUAAGAAGGAGCUCGCGCAGGAGAGCUCCACUGUCUAUCCGCCAGACUGAGAGCCCAGGAUGAUGGAUUACUUUAGGAAGUGGGUGUAUGAUUCAGCCACGUUUUCAGUAUGUGUGCUGAAUUAUAUGGCACAUGCAAUUAGACUCCGAGACCUUGUUAAGGAGAUCACUGAAUCUACUCCAGGGUCCGUGACGGUGGAAGACCAGAAGGUUUUCACUUCGCAUGGCCACCCUCAUAUCAAUUGCUAACACCUCUAUGCAGCUUCUCUCUCAUGCCACUGAGGGUGCCGCUAGAGCUGCUGGGACAGGCGUUGCCAUCAGGUGUCAUGCCUGGAUCCAACUCUGUGCAUUCUCAGAACCCUUUAAGGCGUCUUUUACUAACGCCCCGUACGACAGUUCCACCCUCUUUGGAAAGUCGGUAUGUGACAAACUUGUCCAGAGCGAGAAGGAUGGGAAGACUCUGUCUGCCAUCGGGAUCCACUUCUCCACCCCCCCCAACAAACCUUUUCAAGGAAUCUGCGGGGGGGGGGGGCGCAAAGAAGAUGUUGUUCCAAAAGUCUCAGAGCUGCUCCCAGGAUGCUCAGGACUCACUUUCCCCUAGAGGCAGAGGGGAAUUCGAUGAAACCCCCCCCCCCCCAAAGCAGAGGGUGUCUGAGGAAUGAGGGGUCUUGAGAGCCUUUCUCAGACAGGCCUGCACAGCAGCCAUGAAGAAAUGCCUGGCUACUCAGCUCUGGAGGCAGUCGGGGGAUGCCUCUCACUACACCUAACAGCCUGGGAGUCAAUCACAGAUGAUCAUUUGGUGUUCUGUCCCUUUCACUCAAUCACUUCUUCUGCCCAAACACCCCCUGGACAUUCCUCCCAUGCAUAGGGAGGAAGCAGCACCAGAAAUUACAAAGUUGCUAGACAAAAUGAGUCAUCCAACCUGUCCCCCCAGACCAGACCAGAUUAGGCAUUUAUUCCAGAUUCUUUUUGAUGCCAAAGAAGACGGAGGAAUUAAGAUCCAUUCUGGAUCUCUCCAUCUUAAAUCUGGCAGUUGCCAAGACAAAGUUCCUGAUGGUCACUUUUAAAUCUAUUCUGCCCUUUCUGCAAGAGAGCGAUUGGAUGUGCUCGGUCGACCUUCAGGAUGCGUACUAUCACAUCAAAAUGGACAGGCGCUCCUGGAGAUUU